AUGGCAGGAGGGAUCCCCAUUGCUGCACCGGCGCUCGCGUCUGGUUUCCUGAGAGGAAAGGCCUUGAUCUUCCCCCUUUCACUAGUCAUCUCGCUCUUCUUCCUCUGGGGUUUCAGUUAUGGCCUCCUCGACGUCCUCAACAAGCACUUCCAGACCGUCCUCGAUAUCACCAAGCUCCAAUCCACCGGUCUCCAAGUCGUCUACUUCGGCGGUGGUUACCUCCUCUUCUCCCCCAUCGCAGCUGAAGUCAUGAAGCGCAAAGGCUAUAAGAUCACCAUCCUCAUGGGUCUUUCUCUCUACUCUCUAGGCGCAGUUAUGUUCUGGCCCACAGCACACUUCAGCACAUUCCAAAACCGCAUUGCUUCCUUCGGCGGCUUCUGCGCCUGCACUCUGGUCAUCGCCUGUGGUCUCGCAACCCUCGAGACGGCCGCAAACUCGUAUGCAGUUGUUAUUGGCGACCCAGCCAGCGCCUCUGCUCGUCUGCAAUUCUGUCAGUCAUGGAACGGAGUCGCAUCGUUCAUCGGCCCCCUCAUCGCAUCCAAGUUCUUCUUCACCGGCAAGAACGAGCACAGUCUCGUCAAUGUGCAAUUCGUGUACCUCGCCGUAGCCUGUGCAGGUGUAGCAAUCGCAGUCCUCUUCCUCGUCACCAAACUCCCCGAAAUAUCCGAGGAAAUGCUCAACUCCUCCACGCCGUCCGAGAACUUCGCCAUCGACGAGUUCGGCAAUGAGAUAGGCCAGGGUCCGCUGUACAAGCAAUAUAACAUGAUCUUCGGCUUCGUCGCACAGUUCUGCUACGUUGGAGCCCAAGUAACUGUCGCCUCCUUCUUCAUCAACUACGCGACUGAAAACGCCACUUUCUCCGCCGCCAAAGCAUCAAACAUGUUAUCCUACGCCCUCAUCACCUUCACAGUCGGCCGUUUCUUCGCCACAGCCCUCGCGACAGUCUUCCAAGCCGACUUCUUACUCAUGGUCUACGCCACCAUUGCUAUUGCCCUGAACGCCUACAUCUGCGCCGGCCAUGGCACCGCCGCCGUCGCCGUGCUCAUCGUGCUCUUCUUCUUCGAGGCGCCCAUGUACCCCACGCUCUUCACGCUCGGCACGGCCAACCUAGGCCGACACACGCGUCGCGGUGCCGGAAUCCUCGUCAUGGGUGUUUCGGGCGGCGCUGUGUUCCCCCCGAUCCAGGGCGCGAUUGCCGAUUCGGCGGGCACGCGUAUCUCGUACGUGGUGCCGCUUGUGGGCUUCGUGUUCGUGCUGGGCUACGUGACGUUCCACUGGUUGAGACAUGGUAGGCAUAUUCUGCGCGUCAAGGAUGUGGUUGGGGAAUCUGCGUUCCAGUCUGGUGCUGUGGGUGGUGCUCUGGAGGAGGUGCAUUAUGAUGGGGAUAAGGUUAUGGAAUUGAGGGUUGAGGAGGCUGAGUUGAGAUCUUCUUCGUAG